CACAACCUCUCUAUUGAGUUUUGUUUGGGAGAAAAGGAUUCUGGAACCUUGAUAGCGGGUCAUCCGUUCUUCUUCCCUGCUCUCAAAAGCAUUCGAAAGAUUAUUCUGUGUCCGGGCAACUAUCUUGGACUACCAAAUGGAUGCUUCACUUGCCAACCUAGAAAAGUUGACUGUCUUUGGAGAGUCAGUAGGGCAACAUGUUGUUGAGAUGGUUGGAAGAAUACCUAAUCUGCUCGAAUUCACUGUGCCAUCUGUCUUAGAACCCGUCGUCAUCAGUAGCAGCAAUAGUGGAGGAUUUCAACAGUUACAGAUGUUCAAGUUCAUCUUGUGUGCUAGAGAGUUUAUGUUUGAAGCGGGGGCUAUGUCGAAUGUCAGGAAGCUUUACAUUGACAUUAGGCUGAAGGAGAUCAAAUCAGCAAGUGGCGGUCGUUGUGGUUUCGAUGAUAUUGGCAUCCAGCAUCUCUCCUGCCUUGCUGAGCUCGAGGUCGCUAUAGAUUGCAGGAGCUCGAGGGCUGCAGAUGUGCAGGUUGUGGAGGUCUCUUUUGAAAGCAUGGUGAAAGCACACUCCAACCAUCCUUCAUUGGAAAUGUGGAGAUAUGGUGCAGACGAGAUGCUAAAGGAUAAUGAUGUGCUGACGAGAUCCUAAAGGACACCCUACCAUCCUUCAAGGAUGCUCAUGCCAAUAUAAUCCAUGAUGCACAAGGACAAGGUUCAUCUUUUUCGUCAUGUUCAGUCUUAAUUGUCCGUAUAGCUAGGCAGGACAUCUUUAUCGAAUCAAAUUAUGUGACCUUAGGAAGUCUGUAAUCCUCGGGAAUUUUCUUGUAUCCAUGGAGGAAUUUCUCUUCAGAGUUCAUUUGCACUACGUUUGUCUAUACAAAAUUUCGACCCCAUAAUUCUUUUAAGAUGGCAGGACAUUUACAAUCU